AUGAAUGGAUUGCAACAUAAUCAUAAUAAUAUAAAUAAUGAUAACAAUGGUGAUAAACCAUCACGUCAUUUUGUGCAAUACGUUGUACCAGAUGGAAUUAUUGGUAGUUUAGGCAUUGUACAGAAAGGUGAUGAAUUACUUCAGGCUAAUGGCCACCGUAUUCGUGGUACAUCACAUACAAGUACUCUUCGGUAUUUACGCAGUUUGCCAUCAAGAAUUGAACUAGUAUUCGCUCGUAAGAAGCCGACUCACUUGACUGAAGAUGUCAAUGGGGGUGUCAUGGUUACAAAUGAGGAUAGCGAUCAACUGAUGGACAAUACAGAUGAACCACCACUGGAAGUUGUUGCCAGCGAAGUUGGUUCAGUUGAUACUGCCGCGUCGAUGAGACUGGUCAAUUCAUAUGAUGUGACCGAUCGACCCGCUUAUUCCGGUCCAGUAUCACCAGCAGCAGCGCACAGACGUGUUACUGAAUGGAUUCGAAAAUCUCAAGGAGACUUAUGUGUUACAGUUCCCUAUCCGUCUUCACCUGAAUCCGCUUCCAUAUUUGAACCGAGUCAUGCCAGAUCAGAAAAAGCUUCAUCUUAUGAUCAUGGGCCUCUAAAUUUUCAUACUUUUGAUCCCCGACGUGAUUAUAUGAAUUUUAAUCAUAUCAAUGGUGCACCGUAUUCACUGAAUACAACAACACUAGACAUCAGUCGUAAAUAUUCCCUGCCGAAUACUCAAAUGAAGUCGAAUACAUUAGGACGUUUACCAGUGUCGAAAUCGAGCCGAGGAUUCACUGAGUCCUUGUCUAGUGAGCAGCAAUAUGAUCGACGUCGUUAUCAAACUCUACCUCAUAAUCGUCGUCCACAGCGAAUAGAUCCUCGGUAUGGUUUUAAACGACCAUCUUGGUCGUCAGUUCCUUUGAUUAUUCAAUUGGAUAAAUCAUCUCUAGGAUUUGGAUUUAGCAUAGCUGAGUAUGAAGAACUACCAGUUACCGAUUUAGAAGGCAAGACAUCCCGAAAAGCGUUCACUCUCGAUCGAAAAAGUACUUCAACUACCUUGGAUUCAGAUCGUCAGUCAUUUCGAUCUUAUCGAUCCAGUUCUACAUCAUCACCAAGCAGAAAUAUUAAAUCCUCUAGUACUUUGAAAAGACGAUCUACAUGGUCCAGUCGAUUAAAAACACACGGUAUCCUAUUGAUUGACAGUUUAACACCCGGUGGUGUAGCACAAUUGGAUGGACGUAUAUCAAUUGGUGAUCGACUGUUGUUUGUUAAUGAUAGGAAUUUGAUGAAGUCUAGCGUACGUGAAGCAGCGCACACGUUGAAAUCACUUCCUAAUGGUCCAUGCCUAAUUGGAAUAGCUAAAAUGCAGUUAGAAUCAAAUGAAACCGAUAAUAUUCAAGAACAACAGCAACCACCUUAUCCAACACAAUCUAUGCUACCACCGACUUCCCAUGUUAGACCCUCUGUAAUUGGCUUGUUUCCAGGUGGUGAUGACAAUAGAAAGAUCAGUGUUCACUCUAAUUCAACCUAUCCUUUACAGGUGAACACGGGUGCUGCCAAUGAUGGUAAUAAUACAGUUGUAGAUGGUUUCAAUGUUGUGGCUGGUAUUGAAGAUUUGGCUUUGGAUUUUUAUACGCUCCCACUACUCUGUCCAAAUCCUGAACUGCACGCACCAGACUUACAAUAUGUCACUCCAGUCGACCCAAGCUUGGAGGUAACCAAGUGCCUUGAACGUGGACUCUUACCCAUAGGUAUGAAACUGGAUGCACUGGCCUGUCAUGGACAAGACGGUUGUCGUGUACUACAGGUUCUGGGUGGAGGUGCUAUUGCUCGUGAUCAAAUUCUCGUCACAAAUGAUUAUGUGACAAGUUUAAACGGUCAUUCUAUGCGUCACUUGGAUAAUCUUGGAGCAUUUGAAAUCUUGCAUUCACUAUCACAGAGUUCCGCUGUAAUUGAGAUAAAGUACCUUCCUGCUUCUGUUGUCGAGUCACAUCGAAUUGAAUGUUUAUCCAAAGCAAUGAAUCCGUCAGUUGAUAGGUUUAAUCAGAAGAGCUCUAUGCCUUAUUCGUCUAUUAUUCAACCAGUAAAUUGGUCAGUUCCAAUCGAGAUUGUGCUGCAUCGAUCCGACCCUAGUCAACAGUGGGGUUUAGUUGUAUCAGGUCCUGAAAUAUGCUCAGUAUUCAAUUGUCUUCCACCGAUGAAUUUAAAAAAUCCAAGUAUUAUUUCUGAAAUCUAUCCUAAUAGUGUUGCGAAGAUUUGUAAACUACUCAGUUGUGGUUUGUUAAUUUUACAAAUACAAGGUAAUGAUGUCUCUACAAAAGGUUCAGAUUACAUCAACAUGUAUCUUCAGUAUCUGUCAAAUCAGUCAGACAUACGCGAACUUCGACUGGUCGUGUGCCACUAUAACGAUGAUAGUGGUGGUGGUGGUGAUGAGAGUAAGCAGAAGGCUCUGCUGCAGCUGGCCAGUCAGAACAAUUAUGGUUUAGAUGCUUCCGACAAAAUUGAAUCACCAAACAGUUUGAAUAUGGCUCCAGCUGUACAUAAUCAGAUGCAACAAAAGAGUGGUGGUAUCCAAUCAGGCAUCUCUCCAGGUUCUAGUGAUAUGGAAAACCCUGAACCUCUGACUGACAUGGAAUCACGUGAAGAAGUGCAUAUUCUGUCUAGAGAAGUACCAUCACCAGAUCCCAAUAAUUCAUCUGAUUCACAGCAAAAGGAUUCCUGCAGAAUCAACCAGUCAAGAAGAAACAGUAGUCAGUGUUUAUUAUCUAAAGUAUCAUCACCAAUCGUCAAAGAUGAUGAUGAUGAAACUGGUGGUUUGAGGAAUGCAAUGUCUUCGGAUUUAACAAAAUUACAAAAUGGUCAGUUAAGUAGACAUUCACCUCCUACAGUACCACCUCGACGACUUUCUGUACCAUCUAGAAAACAAUCUGUCGGCAAUUCAACUAAGGCAGUAAUUAGCAUUUCAGGUGUUAAUCAAAUGCGUUUCGACAAUCUAGCCAACUUGUAUUCACGUAAUAAUCAAGAUGAAAUACUCAUUGUUCGCAUACCACUGCCAUCAUCAUCACCAUCAUUAUCACCUAUGCCUAAUGGUGAUAUUGAUUGUGAUCAAGGUGAUCAAAGCAGAGUUAUCAAUCUUGGCAUUCGUCUUGUCGGUAGUCGGAAUCCUGAAAAUGUUGCCACUUUUAUUGCAGGUUUUCAAAAGGAUUCAAUUGCAAUGCAUCAUAAUGUUGGUUUGCAGAUUGGUGAUGAAAUUGUACAGGUGGAAGGUGUCAGUGUUUGUGGAAUGAAUCAUUUAACCGUUCACCAAACUAUCCAAUCAAAGAUUAAAGAAAUUCUAAUGUCUAAAAUUGAUACUGAUCAAGAUGACACUAUUGAUAAUCAUAUUAGUGUAAAACAGAUAAGUGAUUCAACUCUUCCAAUAAAAAAAUCCUUUAUCACUUUGAUUAUUCGACGUAAUCCAAUAAAUUUAUCGUUGAUGACAUCAAGUCCAACUGGCUUAUCUACAUUAUAUGAACAUACUGGAUCACCGAUAAAGGUGGUUAGUAAACCACCAUCAGAUGUCUAUUCUCCAUUGGAUGAGAAUACUUUCAAUACUAGUCCUACUUCUGAGGUGUUAUCAUCAUCGUCUGAUUUACUGCCGACUGGUUCAAAACCAAUUCCACAUUCAUUUUUAAAACAAAUAAUGAUUGAACUGAAUGAAGAUUUUCAUAAAUUUCAAUUGUUCGACAUUAAUUUGGAGAGAAGUCCUGAUGGUUUUGGCAUAUUUAUUGUCAAUUUGGGUCCAAACAAUGAAUCUGGUGUAUUUGUCACUGAAAUUCGUCCAAACAGUCCGGCUUCUUUGCAAGGUGUACUCAGACCUCAUGAUCGUAUACUGGCCAUUGAUGGUCAGCUUCAACAUGACUACGAAAAAACAUUGGAAUUACUGCAACAAUCGAGAAAAUCUGUCCGCCUAACAAUCGGUAGACAAAUUCCCAGUAAAAGUGAGUCAGCACAACAAUCCACCACUGCGAUAGCACAAGUAACCAGUAUUGAUGCGAAAAGAAGUAAUAAUAAUCAUAAUAAAGACCAGGCUAAGCCGUCUAUUGUGCCUGGAAUUCCUGCCACUGUAACACUGUACAAAAAUGAUGGUGGACUUGGCUUCUCGAUCGUUGGUGGAAGUGAUACAGUUUUGGGUAAUAUUUUGAUACAUGAGAUUCACUCCGGUGGUGCUGCUUCACGUGAUGGUCGACUACAGGUUGGUGAUCGUUUAUUAGCUGUCAAUGGAAUUGAUCUUCGUGAAGCUACUCAAAAAGAUGCUACAAAAAUUAUACGUGCAGCUGAAGAUUGUAUCCAAUUACUGGUAUACAGGGAUCCUGAACCACAGUAUCUAAAUCAAGGUGUAUUUGAAUGCUAUAGUGUUACAUUGAAACGUGAUGUACCUGGACAGAGUUUGGGUUUAUCCUUAAUUGGUAGACCUCACUAUUCAACUGGUACAGCGAUUGGCGGAAUUACGGAGAAUAGUCCAGCUUCUCGAUCGAAUUUACUAGAGGUUGGUGAUAUCAUUUUAGAAAUCAAUGGUUGGGAUAUGCGUUUAGCCAAAUCCGAUGAAGUGGUCAAUCUACUUAAGAAGGCUCAUGGUGAAGUUAAAUUAUUAAUUGGACGUUAUAAAACUUCACCAUCACUGUAUGCUUAUCCACGAAAUCGAUUACAUGUUUACGUAGUUGUAUUGGAACGUCGCCAAUUAGGAUUCUCUAAUAUUCAAGAUGGGCAUCAGUCAACUUGUGGACAGUCAACACCUGCACCUGAUGAAGAACAGCAACUACUAUCACCACAACAACAGUUUGUCAGUCAUGUAAAUCAGAAUGGAUUAUUAUCACCACUAAUCAGCAAACAAGUAGUCGGUGAUCAUAAUACUGAUGAUGGUGGCGGUGGUAACGUCGACGAAGAUAUUGACGCUAACGAUGAAAUUGCAUCAGCUGCAUUCGGCCUACGCAUUCGUGAAGCGAAUUCACAAGAAUUAUGGGAUUCAUACAGUCGAUUGAUUGUUGACAGUAUUCAACCUUAUAGUCCAGCUGAUCGAUCAGGCAUGAUUAUGCCUGGAGAUCGUUUACUGACUGUGGACCGUGAGCCCGUGGAUUGGUUAAGUCCAACUGAAGUUGUGCAGCUAUUGGCUACUUUACCUUACUGUACAAUUGAAUUAGGUCGUUUACCCUAUUUAAACCCACCUUCCGAUGUUAAAGUUCAUAAUCACGCUUCAAUGAUCAAUAAUGCUGUACAUAACGAUAACAGUAGUAAUAGUCAUUCGUCGACGCCAUCUCCAUUUCAACGAGUUGAACGGGAAGAGCAUGAUAUUCACCCACCAUAUCCACCACCAUCAGAAGAAUUGCCAGCAUUGUUUGGCGGUAAUAUGCCAUACAUUGAACCGCCGAAUUUUAUACGUGAUAUGGAGACGUUGCGUGAACAACCAGAUGAUGAUCUCGACGAACAAGCAGAGAAUAUAAUUGAAAAUACGCCUAAUCAAGUAGGAUUCGAAAGUCUACUACAAAAACCAACAGAUUCUCGAUAUGAGCAAAACCAACCGAAUACUAUCGGCAGCAAAGAUCACAUCGACUAUUUGACGGUGAAUAUGACGCCUUUAAGUUCAGAUGAAAUAGAGAAAGCCUUAGAGUUGGCUGAAAGAGCAAGUGGAGGAUUUUAUGUAAGACAAAUCUGUUUACCAGCUGCGCCUUUAGUUAAUACUCCAACGAAAGAUGAACUAAACCAGCAUGAAUCAUCCCAACCGCGUUUAGGCUUACGCCUUAUUGAUGGUCCUGGUGUAAGUGGGCCAGUAGUUGUACGUAUUGAACCAGAUUCGUGUGUAUCUAGAACAGAUAUUCAAAUUGGUGAUCGUAUUCUUGGAUUAGACGAUAAAUUGUUACUUUGUUUCAGUCAAGGUCAAGGUGACAAUUCCGCCAAUGAUAUUCUACGGACGAUUGAAAAUAUUUGGAUUUCACGUUCAAUGAAUUCUUCUUCAUCUGAGUUCACAAGUUAUGAACAAAAUCCUUGUCGUUUAACAAUUAUCAGUAAUCGUAGUCUAGCAUUAUCAGUAGCACCAACAUCAAAUUCAUCUUGUAUUGACAUUGAUAGUUGUAGUAAUACGAAGAAAGAAGUUGAGGAGCCAUUAUUGACGGCAAAGCAGACAGUUGAGGUGCUUUGAACUAGAUAGUGUACAAAUU